AUGUCUGCCUCGCCCACAAUACCCCAUGACGCUAACAGUGCGACGCUGAAAAGGGCUUUCUCUACACCCAAUUCUUCCUUUCCUUGCAAAAAACUCGAGCAGUCCCUUGCCCACUGCUCCCCAUCGCCUUCUACCGCUCUGCGAAGUCGCCGCUGGCCUACACACUCCUCCUGCCUGCCGUCGGCGCUACAGACAACACGCCCACCCGCCAGCAUGGUGCAAACAAGCGCGCGAACAUUUAUGCCCAUGCCCUCGUUUGGCGCCGUGUUUGGAGGCGAACACCACAAGGGCCAUGCAGACGGUAAUGGCUCGCAUCUAGUGCGGCCAGCAACAAGCCCAAACACAAACUCGGGCGCGCCCUUCUCCUCCUUUCACCUGCACAGCGAAAGCCGCGACAGCCACUCGACGGCCUCUUCCGACAACUCGCCCACGACGACAAUCUCGACCAUGGACUCGUCGUCGGUAACGGACCCGUCUCCAGGCGUGUCGCCCGAGUCGCCUCACGCAAGAACAGUCGCCCCUUUGUCGUUUGUGGCCGACUUUCGCUCGCGCAGGACAGAACAGUCGUCUGGAGAUGCUGCCUCAAAUACCUUUUUCGAGCUACAGCGGCCAACAACACCGGCGAAGAAGCCUCGGAAUCUCAAAAACCUCGGCAUCAACACAGCCUCGUCUCUUGGUAACCUGCGCGCCCACACGCCAGCGCCCAUUGCAGUCGCUCCAAAGGAGAAGAACAGUUCGGCGCCCCCGUCACCAUUGUUCAUCAAGCCGCCGACACCGCCCAAGCGAAGACCAUCGAAUCUCAGCUUGACAAUAUCCACACCCGGUGCCCCGGACAACAAGCCAGUACGACUCCUCAUACCCUCAACGCCUUCCUUCAAUCGCCCGCCCCUUCGCCACUUCCAGUCGUCUCCUUCAUUACCGUUAUGUUCAACAGCAAACCCGUUGAGUGGUCCGCAGCUGCCUCCACUGCGUCCCGUGGUGAGCAAGCCAAGUGGACUCGCCGAAGUGCCUUUUGAGAUGGAAGAGGAGGAGGACCAAGAGCCCAAUUUCGACGUGCCUCAAUCGCGCGAGGAAAAGCCUGCUGCAUAUCCUAAUGGCCCCAUUUGUAUAUACGAGGCUGGCGUAUACCUCUACUUUGAACCGACCGCUGUACAGGCCACGACUUUUGAUGUGAUUAUCAAUGUUGCGAGCGAGGUCAAAAAUCCCUUUACCGCGUCUACGUCGCAAUCACAAAAAGACAUUGAUGCCAGGCGCGUAGAUGGUCCACCAGCGGAGAAUAUUGACUUUGCUACCCUUUCGCAGAGACCAAAACAAUCGUUUGGCAUGGACGACAACUCUCCCACAACACCAAAAGCCAUGCCCCCAGUCAUGCAGACUAUACAGCCACGCGAAGUCGUCAUCGAGGGCAAGACGUACAAGACACCCGAAUACAUUCACAUGCCCUGGGAGCACAACACGGACAUUGUGCCCGAUCUCCACAAGCUUGUGAGGAUGAUUGACGAAAGGGUGCAGCAAGGGAAGCGCGUCCUCAUCCAUUGCCAGUGCGGUGUCAGCCGUUCAGCCAGUCUCAUUGUUGCGUAUGGCCUGUACAAGGACCCUCAGAUGAGCGUGCAAGAGGCGUACGACAGGGCGAAAAAGCGAAGCAAGUGGAUUGGACCCAACAUGAAUCUCAUCAUGCAGCUUCAAGAAUUCCGCAACAGCUUGUUGAGGCAGAACGAGAGCCGCUCGUACCACAACCAAGGGUACAAUCGACGAUCCGCCGGUCUUCCUACAGGAACGAACAAAUUCUCGUCAUAUGACAGAGACAGCCCUUCAGGAUCACGCACUCCACGCACGGCACCGCUUCCUCCUGAAUGCAGCGACAUGAGCAUGCAGCGUGCAAGCACAGGAAACAUGAUGGCCAUUUCUCCAGGACCACUGUCAGCACCCACUGGCGCUUUCUCGCCUGGUUUCCGCCGGUCAUGGGAUUCCAGUCCAUCGCAUUUUGACCUCGCAUCACAGCCAGACCCGUCGCCAACUUCACAUGUCGAUCCCCAAGGCCCAGUCGUUCCAAUGGUCUCUGUGACUAGCAAUGAUCUACCAACGAUUCACGCUGAAGACGCUUCUGACAGCGAUGUGGCACCAGACCAUCUGGAUGAUUUCAAACAGCCCGCGUUCCCCAACUUCUCGCGUCAACUUCGACUACGGCCCAUGGAUGAUGAAGACGAAGGUGCUUCUGGAACCGAACAAAGGCUUCUGGCACCUCUAAAGCCAUUCGGAAUGGAGCCAUUAAAGUCACCUGCCGUGGCAAGCUUCAAUAUUCCCGACUUUCCUUCUUAUCAGUCAUCUGACAAUGACAUCAUGUCACCGAUCAAAACAUCUUUUGACAAUCCAUGGCCACCAGGCUACGAUUCUGAUUCUGAUGAGCCCGAGCCUGCUCUACUAACGACACUCACGAGUCCUACGCACUUUGGUGGUAGCAAUCACCCUAUAGCCUCCGACAUUGCUUCGCCCGUAAAGACGCAUUUCCCUCAGGAUGUCUUUGGCGACGACGACAAAGAUCAGCCAAAGGACGAUUUGACGUCACCACGUGCCACCGAAUUCCACAUGACUCCACUGAAGCCCAGGGUAGCAGACGAGGAUCCUUUUGGACUGACUUCACCGACAAGAGGGGAAUUCAACCCCUUUGACCGGCCCAGGAGUAUAUUGACGCUCAAAGGCUCGGAACAGGAAGAUCGGCGGCCCUCAUUUCAAGCCAUUCUGCCACCUGCGCACCAGACAUUCAAUGGCUUUGCAUCCCUGGAUGGCACAGCGCAGACGCAUACCAUCUUCGAGUCUCCUGUCCCACUGGCCAUGUUUGCACCGAAACAAUUUCCUCUGGUCGGGCCUCGGGUCGACAGCCUGAGCAAUUCGCCUGCCAGGCAAGCAUUGAACCACAGCGACCCCCAUACGCCAACGCCAGCAGCACUCCCUCAAGUACCUCCUUCCCCUCGCUCGCCCACCGAAACCUUUCUCGCCACCCCUGGCAAGGCCAUCAAAACACGGUUUUCAUCUCCCAACAUACGCGAGAAGCGACACCUUCAGAGGCUGCAGACGGAGAUUCAGUCCAAACUGCCAAGGGCCUCUGUUCCCCAGCACGCUGCAGAUGACCUUGAUGCGCUCAUGUCACCACGAGCAGAAGAGUUUACGAGAAAUCCCUUCCGCAUUGAGCUCCAGAGUCCUGGCGAAGAUGCAAGCCCAGUCUCUUCUGAUGAGACAAUCAGGGACGGCCGAAACGGUCAUUUCACAUGGGAGGAGCCAAUCCCAACGCGGCAGUGGACGCCCGAGAAGGCUACUGCUGAUCCUCGAAGCCCUGUCCAGACCGGGGGAAGCCCGAUUGUUCGUAACAUCUGGGACGUGCUUUGA